AUGGUCACCAAGGUUGAGGCUUCCAAAUGGAGGCUGAGUGACUUGGAGAUGCGUGAGACGGUCGGCACCGGGACUUUCGGGCGAGUACGCUUGGUGAGGCACAAGGGAACAGGCCAAUACGCGGCCCUCAAGAUCCUCAAGAAGCAGGAGGUACUCCGAAUGAAACAGGUUGACCACGUGAUGGCGGAGGCAAGUCUUCUCCAGGAGAUCGAUCACCCUUUCAUUGUUAACAUGCUACGGGGAUACAUGGACAAGAACCGGCUGUACAUUCUUCUCGAAUACGUGGUAGGCGGCGAGCUGUUCUCGCAUCUCCGCAAGGCCGGCAAGUUUCCUAAUGAUGUAUCGAAGUUCUACUGCGCGGAGGUGAUCCUAGCGUUUGACUACUUGCACAGCAAGACAAUCGUUUACCGCGAUCUGAAACCGGAGAACAUCCUCCUCGACCAGGACGGCAAUAUAAAGAUUACAGAUUUUGGUUUCGCAAAGCGCGUGGCGGAGCGUACGUUUACGCUUUGCGGCACACCCGAGUACCUAGCCCCCGAGAUCAUUCAGAGCAAGGGGCACAACAAGGCUGUCGACUGGUGGGCGCUGGGGAUCCUGCUCUACGAAAUGCUGGUUGGCUACCCACCGUUCUUCGACGACAGCCCGAUGAAAAUUUACGAAAAGAUCCUUGUAGGCAAGGUUCUCUUCCCGCGGUGGGUAGACUCAAAGGCCCGAGACUUCAUCAAGGGCCUUCUGUCCCUCGAUCCCACGAAGCGUCUCGGCAAUCUGCCCAACGGUGCCGAGGACAUCAAGAACCACAAGUACUUUGCGGAAGUGGACUGGAACGUAGUGCUGUCCAAGAAGAUCCCCGCGCCAAUCCCGGUGCGGCAGCACAAGGAAGGUGACACCCACUACUUCGACAAAUACCCCGACAGCCCACUCAACGCUUUUCGGACUUUGACUGCAUCACAGCAGGAUUGCUUCGCCAAUUUCUGCAACGGCCAGUAUACGGACGACUAG